AUGCGAAGAACAGUCGACCAGUGUCCUGCUGGCAUUGUCUUAGCACCAUCAGGGUGCCCAUUGACUGAUCUCGAGUACGCCGACGAUGUUGUUAUAUUCGCGGAAAGCAGUACGAAACUUCAACAUGUUGUCAACCUUGUAUCGCAGCAGGCUGCAGCCUAUGGAUUUCAUCUACGCCAUGAUAAAUGCAAGCAGAUGUGGAUCUUUUCGAGACCUCGAACGGGAAUCAGGGUGAACGGACAACCGGUAGAACUCGUCGAUGAGUUCUGUUACCUGGGCUGUACGCUGAAGAACAACUGCAGCUACGAGGAAGAUGUUCAGCAAAGAUGCGCCAAGGCUACUUCUCCAUUUAACUCCUUAACGAAAUGCCUGUGGUCGACCCCCAUCACCAACGAAGUCAACGAAGCUGCGAGUCUACCCAUCCAAAGUUCGCCCCAUCAUGAUGUGCGGAUCGGAGACUUGGGCAGCACCAUCAACGGUUAUGGAGACGCUUGA